UUUCGCGCACAAGUCUUUGCAAGCUCGCCGCGGCGCCACGCUAUGAAUUACGAUAUCCGCGACUUCUACGAUUACCCGAUGUUCGGGUCGUUUCACGUCAUAGGAAUACCUGCUAUAUAUCAACAAUCGGCGAGCUACGGCAAGAAGAGCGCGGCGUGGUACGCGGCGAGCAACGGCCCGGGCCCCGGUGGCGGCGGCGGCGGGGGCGGCUGGGCCAGCAAGCCGGCGCAGCCGCUCAGCCGCAAGGCCAGCCUCGCCGACGGGGACGUGCCCACCCCCGCCACCAACAGCAACGGCAAGCCCUCCUCCGGCCGCGUCAUCCGCAUCGUCAACAGCAUGGACCACACCGUGCAGUGUCGCGUGUUGCUGAACCUUCGCACGUCCCAACCGUUCGAAGAGGUGCUGGAGGACCUGGGACAGGUGCUAAAGAUGAUCGGCGCCAAGCGAAUGUACACCGUCUCCGGGCAGGAGGUGCGGAGCUUCUCGCAGCUGCGCAACGAGUUCGCGGACGUGGACACGUUCUACCUGGGCUGCGGCGGCCGCGAGGUGGGCGGCUCGCCGCGGCGGUCGCGGUCGCGCGCCAACACGCACGGCGGCGGCGGCGCCAACCAGCUGAUGGUGCAGCAGGAGGCGGCGCGGCGCGCCCGCAGCAAGAGCCGGCAGGGCCGCGUGCCGCUGGCGCUGCCCGCCGUGGAGCGCGACGGUAAGGACCGGGAGCGAGACCGCUCCGCCCCCGGCCACGCCCAGGGGCGCUGGGGCGCGCCGCCGCCCAUUCAUCCGAUUUCACAAGACUAUAUCUUCUACAUGCCUCAUAAUGAUGAUGAUGAUGAUGAUGAUGAUGAUGAUGAUGAUGAUGAUGGUGAGGACGUGUCCGACUACACGCUGCUGGAGGUGCUGAAGGAGGAGCCGAUCCGCGUGACGAUCCGCGGGAUGCGGCGCACCUUCUACCCGCCGCUGCACCACCCGCCCAGCGACACCGCGCCGCCCGAGAAGCGCCUCCAGCUCGCCUGGGUAUACGGGUACCGCGGCACGGACUCUCACCGGAACCUGUGGGUGCUGCCGACGGGGGAGAUGCUGUACUACGUGGCCGCCGUCGCCGUGCUCUACGACCGGGACGAGGACUGCCAGCGGCACUACACGGGACACACCGAGGACAUCCUCUGCAUGGACCUGCACCCGUCCCGCGAGAUGGUGGCGUCCGGGCAGCGCGCGGGCCGCAGCCGCAAGACGCAGGCGCACAUCCGCAUCUGGAGCACCGAGACGCUGCUGACGCUCUACGUGUUCGGCAUGGGCGAACUCGAGGUGGCCGCUUCCGCCGUCGCCUUCUCGCAGCUCAACGGCGGCAGCUACGUCCUGGCGGUGGACGGCGGCCGCGAGCGCAUCCUCUCCGUGUGGCAGUGGCAGUGGGGGCACCUGCUCGGCAAAGUCGCCACGCUACAAGACGACCUGACGGGAGCGGUGUUCCACCCGCUGGACGACAACCUGCUGAUCACCCACGGCAAGGGCCACCUCACCUUCUGGACGCGCCGCAAGGAUGGUUUCUUCGAACGGACGGACAUCAUCAAACCGCCUUCGAGAACGAACAUUACCAGCAUUCAGUUCGAGCAAGAUGGCGAUGUCGUAACUGCAGAUGGAGAUGGAUUCAUCACCAUCUACUCCGUGGACAGUGACGGCGCUUAUUUCGUCAGGAUGGAAUUUGAGGCUCACACGAAAGGGAUCAGUUCGCUGAUUAUGCUUUCUGAAGGCACUUUGCUGUCCGGAGGAGAGAAAGACCGCAAAAUCAUAGCCUGGGACUCGCUGCAAAAUUACAAGAAGAUCACAGAAAGCAAGCUGCCGGAGUCCGCGGGUGGCGUGCGCAGCAUCUACCCCCAACGACCAGGACGCAACGACGGCAACAUCUACGUGGGCACCACACGCAACAACAUCAUGGAGGGCUCGCUGCAGAGGCGUUUUAACCAGGUGGUGCUGGGACACUCGCGGCAGCUGUGGGGCCUGGCUGUGCACCCGGACGACGAACUGUUUGCGACGGGCGGCCACGACAAGCUGGUGGCACUGUGGCGGCGCCACAAGCUGCUGUGGUCAGCGCAGGUGGCGUACGAGGUGGUGUCGCUGUGCUUCCACCCGUUCGGCGUGGCGCUAGCUGCGGGCAGCAGCGAGGGCUACCUCGUCGUGCUCAACGCCGACAACGGCGCGCCCGUCGCCAGCGUGCGAGUCUGCGGCAGCCCGCUCAACUGCGUCGGCUACAACCCAGCGGGAGAUGUUAUUGCUGUUGGCUCCCAGAAUGGCAGCAUCUACCUGUUCAGAGUGAGCCGAGAUGGAUUCUCCUACAAGAAGUCGAACAAGAUCCGGGGAGCGCAGCCACUUAUUCAGAUGGACUGGAGCACAGAUGGCAACUUCCUGCAGACUGUGACUGCUGAUUAUGACCUAACUUUCUGGGAUGUGAAAAGUUUGACACCAGAAAAGAGUGCUGUUGCCAUGAAAGAUGUGAAGUGGUACACUCAUAAUUCCACUGUUGGUUUCCUGGUUGCAGGAAUAUGGAACAACAGGUAUUAUCCUAUGACAUCCAUGAUUAUGACAGCAAACAGAUCAUCAGCACAUGACCUUUUGGUGUGUGGUGACUCAGAUGGUUACCUGCGGCUUUUCAGGUAUCCAUGCCUUAGUCCCAAAGCUGAAUAUAAUGAGGAAAAGGUAUACAGCAUGCAGAUAGCAGUUGCAAGAUUUCUCUUUAAUGACAAAAAUGUUGUUACUGUAGGAGGUACUGAUGCUGCAUUGAUGUUAUGGGAUGUUGUGGAUGAUUAGCAGUACGUUGUCUGGUAAACAAGAUUUACCAUGAAGAAGGGGCAAAAAAUGCUUCUGCACACUGACCACUAAAUUUGGAUACAUAUAUGUUAUAUAAAAAAUUUUAUACUUUGUAUAUCAUGAAUCAUCAAUUUACUGUUAUGAAUGUAAAUAAUUAGAAAAAAAUUGUA